UGUUUUGAACUGGAACUUUAUUCAGGGAUAGGCAAACAAGUGCAUCAACCAGGCAGGACAAAUCAAGAUCGCAUCAUCAUGGACAACAACUCAGAAUACCAAAAAAAACUCCAGAAAAGGGUUCCAUGUGGUCCAGAAAUGUGGACAGAUUUACCAUCAGCUGACAUGCAAAGUGUGACUAAAGCAGAAAUAAGUAGACUGGAGAAAGGAGUACAGCAAUGGGUGGUUUUGCCCACCAAAGCUAAUUAUGCUACAGAGCAGGGGCUCAGACCUCCUGAUUACACCAGACAAGAAGCAAAAGUGGCCAAAGAGCCAGUUCAUUACAGCCCCUUGCAAAGGCUUUCUUCUCUACGCUACGCAGUGGAAGGGUGGAAAAAUGCCUGGAAAAUCAAAACUAGCAGGCAGAGUGUAACUAUUGAGGGCUUGAUGAAGGAUCUCACUGACCUGCACAGCCAAGUGCGAGUGGCAGCUAUUGUUACAUGUGCAUCGAGAGCAGUAAAUAGACCCAAACUGUGUCCACAUUCAGAUGAAACAGGUCUGGCUCAACAUGGUCAAAGCUAUGAGGUUGAAGCAGUGCCUCCAGAACUGCAGCCCCUGCUUCUGUUGGCUCUCAAUGAUCCAGUGAAAAGAGUUCAGCUGGCAGCCGCUGUGUGCCAGUAUGCCAUCGGUACACCCAAUGCCCAGGCACGGGAUAUACUGCAAAAAGCAUUACAACAGGAUUCCUCAGGAACAGGAGUUGAUGGCUGGGUUGCAGCUCAGUGCUUAGCGAUAGAAGGGGAGGCCAGUCAAAGUGUAAUUGAAAGAUUACUCUCACAGCUUUUUCUCAGCAAUGCUCCAUCAGACCAAGAACAGGCUGACACCCUACUAGUCAGCAUUAGUAGCAAGACUAUUUUAGUGCGCUCACUGCUAGGAGAGGAAUUGAACUGUGCUGACUGGAAAAAACGAGUUCUGGCUUGCAAAACCAUCUCAGAACUCAAAUGCCCAAUCAACAAGGAUCUGACCAACAAAUUGCUGUACUUGAUGUGGAAUGACUGGAAUGGUUUGGUGCGUCAGGCAGCAGUAGAGGCUCUGGGUAAAAUGGGAUUAGGCAGUGCCAUACACAAUGAACUGAGUGCCAAACUACACGAGGGUCCAACGUCUUGGCGGGUCCAGGCAUUAAUUCUUAUUGGUCAGCUGAAGAUAAUGACAGCUAAACUGCUGGCCAGUUUCUUACGUUGCCUGACUGAUGAAUUUGUUGUUGUACGUAAACAAGCCUGUUCAACUGCUGCCUCUCUCAUGAUCAAAGAUGAGAUGAUCCAGAAAAAUCUGCUUCACUUAAUGCAGAAUGACUCAUCCUGUGAGGUGAAGGUAGCAGCGAUAAAUGCUUUGGGAAGGAUCGGUUGGCUGACUCCUACGCUCCAGAGGCUCUUACUGUGGGCAGUACAAAAUGAGGAGGAUCCCAGUGUGCGCAUUGUUGCCUGUGAGGCCCUGAAGACGCUAGGGGUCAAAUGUCCUGAGCUCCAGAAUCUCCUGCAAGAACGCCUUAUCCUGGAAACCAAUGCUCAAGUUCAUAGGCACAUUGAGGAUCUGAUGAAACACUAUGGCUACAGCCAAGAUACAAGCAUGUUCCACAUGAUCACAGAGCAGGUACAAAAGCUCUGCACAAAGAGGAACAUCACAGAGAAACUGCUGUUACUAGAGGACCUAAAACAGCAAACGAUUGAAAACGGCAGCCAUAUCUAAACUAGUGCAUGAAAGAUUCAGAGGUGGAGGACCCUUGAAAUGAAUUAUUUCACGAUUCCUGUCAGUCGUUGUAUAGACAGACAGAUUUGGACAUGUAAAUGUCCAGACAGGAUUAUAUUAGUUUACAAUGACUGAGAUAUAUUUUUAAUUAAUUAUAGUAGUUGAAUAAUUGUAUAGUAGUAAUGUCAUAGUUCAUAAUUCAGCCCACAACAAUACAACAUGUAAUAGAAAGUGUUUAUUUAAGCAUUUACAAAGUAAAGUAAACCACUCAUACAUAACACACAACAUAUUUACAGACACUGUGCAUAUUACUGUUCGUUUCCUGUUUUUCCUCCAACAUUUGUUUUAGAUUUACGUUGACACCAAAAAGAAACCAUAACCAACAAGCUGCUUCAUGUGAAGAGAAUGAUAUUGUGAAUAAAGCAAUGAAUAAUUAAUUACAUUAAGUCACAACUUAGGUCAUUUUAUACAUUUUGUGGGAUGGGCCCUGCAGUUUAACAUUCUCUCAGCUGGACAUUUUGUCCUCUGGCGUGCUACUCCGCUGUAGAACUUGCUUUGUCAGACUCUCCACCUCUGUGACUUGAGCCAGGAGCUGAAUCAUGCCAUUAU